UUCCUGCGACUCACAUGUACACAAUCCUGAGAUGGACUCCUCGAGGAUCAAUGUGUCCUCAAACAGCGGCAAUGAGGGAAAUAAUUCAGCCACGAAUGACGAGGAGGCAGAGGAGCUGUGUCCCGGUUUCAAGGACGUGGAUUCAUUCGUCAAAUAUGGAUUGAGCGCCGUGGUGUCAGCCACUAAAGCGUCAGCUGGCCUGCCUCAAGCUGGAGAUGAAUAUGAUUUCUACCGCAGCUUCCCCGGCUUCCAGGAGUUCUGUGAAAGUCAAGGAGACAGGCUCUUGCAUUGCAUGAGUCAGCUAAUGCAACACCAUGGCUGCAGAGCUCACAUGAGAGAUCAUAACAAGCUGACCGGCCUGGAGGAGAGGUUUGACUUGGUGGUGGACUCCAACGAUGUCAUCCUGGAAAAAGUGGGGAUCCUGCUUGAUGAAGCUGAUGGCGUGAACAGGAGCCAGCAGCCUGUCAUGCCUGCAGGGUUUCAGCCUCCCAAGAUUGUCGUGUCCAGCUGGAAUCGCAAGGGUUCAGACUCCAAGCGUGGGUCUGAGACAUUCAGGCUGCUCCACGCCAAGAACAUCACAAGGCCUCAGCUCAAGUUCAAAGAAAAAAUCGACAACAGCAAUACCCCUUUUAUCCCCAAGAUUUUCAUCAAGCCCAAUGCAAUAAAACCCCUUCCUUCUUAUUUCACCAACAAACAAAUCCGCAAAGAGAGACCCGAGGACUUGGACGUCCCCGCUGCCCUGGCUGACCUCAUCCACCAGCAGAGGACUCAGGAACAUGUUGAGGACAUGUUUGCACAUCCAUACCAGUAUGAGUUGGAUCAUCUGACAGUACCAGAGAGGAUGCUGUCUAAGCCUGAACCACAGAUGUACAAACCAAUGGCUGAGACAAAGUGCUCCUUCAUAGACACUCUGGAAGAUUUGGUGGCUCUGAAUGAGAAGCUGUGCAGGUUGUCUGAAUUUGCAGUCGAUCUGGAGCAUCAUUCCUACAGGAGCUUCCUCGGCAUCACCUGCCUCAUGCAGAUCUCCACCAGAGACGAGGACUUCAUCAUCGACACACUGGAGCUCCGCAGUGAGAUGUACAUAUUGAAUGAGGCGUUCACAGACCCAGCUGUUAUCAAGGUGUUUCAUGGUGCGGACUCUGACAUCGAGUGGCUCCAGAAGGACCUCGGCCUUUAUGUCGUCAACCUCUUUGACACGCACCAGGCCAGCCGUGCUUUGAACCUGGCCAGACACUCGCUGGACCACCUGCUCAAAUUCUUCUGCAACGUGGACUCAGACAAACGCUACCAGCUCGCCGACUGGAGGAUUCGGCCCUUGCCAGAUGAGAUGUUCCAGUAUGCCAGGGCAGACACCCACUACCUCCUCUAUAUUUAUGACUGUCUGAGGGUGCAGCUGUUGGACUUCAACCACGGGCAGCCUGGCCUGCUGCAGAGUGUCUGGAACAAGAGCCGGGACAUCUCCCUGAAGAGAUAUGUGAAGCCCAUCUUUACAGAGGAGUCGUAUUUGGAGCUGCAGAGAAAGCAGAAAAGGUCCUUCAACACCCAGCAGCUCACUGCCUUCAGACUGUUGUUUGCCUGGAGGGACAAACUGGCGAGGCAGGAAGAUGAAAGCACCGGAUAUGUCCUGCCCAAUCAUAUGAUGAUCAAGAUAUCGGAGGAGCUGCCAAAAGAGCCUCAGGGCAUCAUUGCCUGCUGUAACCCUGUACCUCCACUGGUGAGGCAGCAGGUCACUGAGCUCCAUCUAUUAGUGAAGGAGGCUCGGGACAUACCUCUCCUUAAGGCUGAAAUCGGAGCUCAACAGAAGAAAGGACUCACGCCUGUAAAGAAGCCGGAGGUUACCUUGUUCGGCCCACAUGAUACAUCCAGGACCUCUGAGAGUGAUUUUCCACCAUUUUCUCCUGAUGAACUGCCCGUGAAGCAAGGAAUGCUCUUCUCAGAUGAUGAGCCAGGAAAGGAUGUUGACAUGGAAAAAAUGAAAGGUCUUGUGGCAUCGGCCAAAAUCACACUGUUUGAGGAGGUGGAGACAAAGAGCAAGCAAGGGUCCCUCACUGCUGCUCAAGUGAAAGCCAGCCAAAUCAUCGAGUCUUUCCAUAACCCCUUUAGGAUGUAUUUACCCUCCAAAGACGUGCAUGUUAACAAAAAUGCCAAGUUCGACCCCUCUACAAAAAUAUAUGAGAUCAGUAAAAGGUGGAAGCUGCAAAGCACCGAGCAGCAACAGAAGGAGAUGGAAGCCAAACGCAAAGCCAGGGAAGAAGCCAAGGAACUCGCUAAGAAGGUGUCAGAAGAAAGGAACAAAGCCAAGCAGAGCUACCAGGAGUCUCUUCAGAACGUCGCCACUGUUCGCCAGCAAGCAGCCGAAUCUGCAAAAGGAGGCGGAAAGAAAAGAGAGCGGGUUGCGAGUGAGGUUGGAGAGUCAACUCCCAAACCGAGCAAGAAGCUGAUGAAAUCUGCAGAGAAACCCUCAAAGAAAGACACAGCUCCCAAAGACGACUUCAAACCCUUCGACUAUCAUCAGUCAGACUUUAAAGUCUUCGCUGGUGCCAAAUCAAAGGACAGCACACAAUUUGAUCCCAACAGACAAGCCUAUGAUCCAUCGAAAAAGCACAAAAAUCCCAAGGGGCCAAAAUCCAAUAGCUCUGCUGGAAACCGAAGUCUGUCCUACCUGGCUGGGAAAUCUGACAGAGGAUUCAGACAUAACUGGCCCAAAAGAUAGACCUGCUCUUCAGUUACUUCAGUUAUGUUUGUAACUUUUUUUCUUUAAACAUUUUUGUCACUUCCUGUUCUCCACAAAAAUGAAAUUCAGUAUUUAUUGAGUUUCAAUUUUUUUUCUUUUCUUUUUUUUUUUUUUUCUUUUGUGGAACAAUAUAUCCUGUAAAUACCUGGAAAACCCUCUUAUUAAAAUGAGUUUUAGAGGAAAACA